UUCCUGCCCGUGUCAGAACUUCCCCGCUCUCCUCGCCACAAAAUAGACCCUGAAACUCGGAAGGAGGAGCUGAGAAGGGCCCCGCCGCCUCGCCUCAGGAGUUGUGCCCGGCCGGCUUCCUGAAGCGCCUCUCCUUGACCAGAGAAGCGUAGCCGCUCCCUUUCGCAGCCGCCCUCGCGGUACGAACAAGCGGGCGGGGAGCGGAGUGCGCUUCUCGAGGCCGGCCAGAAAGCAGGCGGGGAGCGAAAGGUCUAGCAAAGAGAUCCUAAUGUCUUCAGAUGAAUUUCCAGCUCUGUCACAAGAUGAACUCCGGAGAAGAUUAUAUCAGACAUUUAAGAGCCGAGGUGUUUUGGAUUCACUUAAGACACAGCUUCGAAACCAGCUCAUACAUGAUCUAAUGAAUCCUAUUUUAAGUGGAAAAAUUCAGCCACAAGCUGUUUCUAGUGAAUGCAGUUCAUUGUUAAUUGGUGCUUCUAACAGUCUGGUGGCAGAUCACCUGCGCAGAUGUGGCUAUGAAUAUUCACUGUCUGUCUUCUAUCCAGAAAGUGGAUUAGAAAAGGAUAAGGCGCUCACCAUGCAAGAUUUACUACAGCUGAUAAGGAUCAAUCCAAAGACUGAUCUUUACAAAGCACUGAUUUCAGCUUCAGAAAAAGAGAAUACAAAAGGCUUUCUUGUACAGAUAUUAACUGAACUGCUAGACCAUAGCCUGCAUAAGCAGAUCUGCAACACAGAAACUCAGACCAGUCCCACACCUGGUAAAGAAUCCCUUGCUGAGAAACUUCAACUGAUUGAUGAACAGUUUGCAGACAUGUAUCCUCAGUGCCACAAAUCUGAAUCGUUUGAAGUAAAACUUGCUGAAUAUAGAAAAGAAGUAGAACAGCAGCUUCAAGAGGAAAUGUCUCAGAAGCUGCAACACUUCAAAGAGGUUGAAAUAGCCAAAAUUAAGAUGGACGAGAGAGCACAAUCCCAGAAAGAGAUUUCAGAGCUUCGUAAAGAAUUUGAAAAAGUUCACAGAGCCAAGUCAGAGGCUCUAAGCUCUCGAGAAAGAAAUGCUAUUGAGAGGCUUCAGAAGCAGCAAGAGAUUGAUGCAAGGGAAAUUUAUCUGCAAAGGCAAAGCCUGCUGAAAGAUAUUGAAACAGUAAGAUCCCGAGAGGCCGAACUGAAGCAGAGAAUAGAAGCUUUUGAACUAGCUCAAAACCUUCAAGAAUCAAAAAAUAAAACUGUAGAAGAUGCACUUCGUCAUCGAGAGGUAACUGUGAAGAACAUUGAAGAGACUUACGACCAGAAACUAAAGAAUGAACUCCUAAAGUAUCAGCUUGAACUAAAUGAAGAAUAUAUAGCUAGAACCAAGAAAAUUACUGAAGAUGAGAAAAAAAUGAAAGAUAAAGCUAUGCUUUUGCAUGAAGAGACCAUUUCCCUUAAUUCAAAAAAGCAAGAAUUUGAACAUGCUAUAUCACAUUCAAAAGAGCUUGAGCUGGAAAUAGAUUCAGUCAAGGCUCAAGUUUUAUUAUUAAGCAAGCAAAAUCAGUUGAUGACAAAAAAACUGGAAGAAGUCUCAGAUUAUCCAACACUAAAAGAAGAGAAAAUGGAACUUCAGGUGCAGAAUAAGCUACUCAAACAACAGUUGGAAGAGGCGCGCAAUGAAAACUUGGAACUCCGAGACAAGUUGAGUCGGCCAUCAGCUGAAUAUUUGGUCCUUGAGGCAGAGCUGAAAAGAGCAAAACAUGCUAGGAAGCUUGAAGGUGAAGAAUCUGACACUCAUAAGCAGCUCUUGGAAAAACAGUUACAAAAUGAGAUUGAACAUUGUGUACAGCUGAAGACUCAGUUGUCAGAAUGUGAAAAUACUAUCAGGAAGUUAAAUGCCCAAAUGGAAGACCUUAAGCUACAACUGAAACAGACACAGACAGCAUUAGAGAAUGAAGUAUAUCGGAAUCCAAAGCCCUCUUUGGUUGAUCGUUCUGUCAUUGACUUGUUUGGUGACAAGACUGUACCUCCUGAUAUUUAUAUAGAUGGUGCUUUCCUGAAAACACAGCCAAUGGCUGAUUUUAUUGGAAUGGGAAAUGGUACAAGCCCCAGACAUCAUCACCACGUGCUGAAAUCUAACACUUCACAAGAUUCUGAUUUAGAAUUUGUAGCUAAUACAAAGGCUAGAAUAAAAGAAUUGGAGAGAGAAGCUGAAUAUUUAGAAGAGGCCUACAGGAAUUACCAAUACAGAGCCAUUCAAACCACAGCUGGCCCAGCAAAAACCACAUUCUCCUCUCCUAUGGCAAGUAACUUUAACAUGGCAUCUCGCCAAAGACUUUGGUUUGCACAGGAUGAUCUAUAUUCCCAAGAAGUACCCUUUCACUGCCAAAAAAAUAAAAGCUAUAGAUGGACACCAGGAAAUGGGGAUCACUUGAAAGAUCAUCUAACCCCUCCACGGAAGAAGUCUACUUCUAGACGUCUGUCUUCUACUCCUGUUUCCAAAGCAAAGAGAAAUAUUAGUAACAAGCUGUUUUCUGAAGAUACAGUUGCCUCAUCUUUUGCUGCCCCUCAUCAGAAUGCAGACCAGCCUCUCUCCCCCAUUCAAAGAACAGGCAACCUUUCAUCUCCUGAUCAUGCUUCUAAUAUAUCAGUUUCUUCUUCCCCAGCCUCCUGCAAACAAAAACUAAGUCUUCAGCAGCAGCAAGGUGAAACUCAGGGUGUUAGUGACUCUGCAAAAUCUGAGAGGCUCCUGUAUAAAGACCUUGGAAAUGAUGACUCUGAGCUUGGAAAUGAUGAGUCUGCCAGUAAAUAUCAAGAGGACAUUCCAGAGCAGCUCGAAAGCGAUGUGUCACAUCCAUCUCACAUUGUUAGUGGAAGCCAUGUUCCGGCUACUGUGCCAGCAGCGGGCACUUCACAGCAGGACAUAAGUGGAGCAGAAGUAACAGCCCUGGAGAAACAAAAGCAUCCUGAAGAACAGGAGGAAGAAGAGGAGGAGGAGGAGCAGGAGGAGCAAAAAUGGGAAGAGAGGGAAGGAAAAAGGCAGCAAGAGAGGCAGGACACUUUGGAAAGAGAGCAAGGAGAACUGGAAAAAGCAAAUGAAGAAUUGUGUAUGCAAGAGGCAGUGGAAACCGAGAAAAAGCAUGAAGAUGUGGCAGAUUUGAAAACCAUUAUCUCAAAGUCUGAAGAGCAUGGUGGAGAUGCUAUUACUAAUCCACUGGAAAAAUACAUGAAAAUAAUACAGCAGAAUCGGGAGCAGGAGUUUGCAAAUGAGGACUUCAAGAAAGAAGCUGAAGUACUUUCUGAGAAACUCUCAGGUAGUGGAAAGGAGGACAGGUAUGUAUCUUGCUAGUGCUUGACAUGUAUGGUUCAUAUUUAUUUUUGCUUUUUUAUCAAGUGGGGCCUUUUUGCAUUAAAACAAAUCCUUUCCAUUAAACACUUUUAAUUGCAUACUAAUUACACUUGUCUGAUAAUCUUUACUGUAUUGCAGUUGAAUUAAGAUUUGUUAAAGUUUUAAAGCAAAUGUCAAAAGAAUGGAUUGCAUUCUAAGUUUAUUUGAGCAGGUCUCUAUUUAUAGAUUGUUUGUGAUAGCAGAUGUUGGGGAAGCAGAUUUCACCACAUUCCUAUAAGUGUUCAAAUUAUCCCUCCCCUAAAAAAACCUCCUCUAGAUGAUUGGGCGACUUAUGAUUUGAUGUGUAUGCUGUGUGAGGGAAGGGUAGAUGAGAAUCCUAAGAAGGAAGUGUAUUAGACUGUUUCAAAAUUCAUUAUUAUCUGUGUUCCAGCUUUAGUGCUGCAGCCACUCUUCAUGGAGAGCCUGAUGAUGAUUUCUGGUGAAUAUCAAUUAGCAGGGGCUGCUUGACCAGAGAAGUGGACUUCUUUUUCAUCAGAGGAAGCACCACAAACUAGGGUGAGAUUCUGAACAUUGGAAUAUUGCCAUCUGCAUAAUUCAGGAAGAACAUACUAAAAGUGAAACAUUGCUGUUUGUUGGCACAAAGUUGCUAUCAGUGCUACUGAAACAAUGUUUCAGAGAAUUGCUUCCUACCUGAACAACCAAUUUUACGUGUUUAGAAUAUGCCAGUACAAUAAAGAUAGCUUUUUAUAAAGGCAGUGGGGGAAACAAUCAAAUCAGGUUGAUUUACCUUGUUAUACAAAUGAAUAUUUUUUUAAAAAUAAAGCGUCAGUCAUAGAAAAUUCUGUGUUUAAAUCUAUUUGAAAUAUUUUAUUCCAGAGUUUAUAUUACAGACUUUACAGAUGAUUGACCAGCUGUCUAUAUAAGCAUAGCUCAGAGCUCUAGAAUGAAAACAGUGUUUAGACAUUUAAGUUUUGGGGUAAUGUGCUUAAGCAGCUUUUGACUUUAUUGAAUAGUGACGCUACAAUUUCCUGCUGCUGCACAUCCUUUAGCUACUCUUUAAAAACAAACAAGGGCAUCAGCAAGAGUUCAGUCAAGCACACUUUAAAAAUUAAGUGCUUGUAAUUGGGACUACUUCCUAUUAAAAGUACAUGGUAUUGAAAACGAUGAUUUACACUAUUAUGAUGUUUAAAUUAUGAAACUGGCCUGAAAAAGUGGGGCAACUGUGUCUGAACUCACUAAAAUUGAAUAUUAUCAACUCAUUUUAGAGGACAGUUCCUUGGGAAAGUGAUGAAAGAAUUAACCCACUUUACAAGCUUUGUAAUUAGUGGGAAAUGCUGGUACAGCUGAAUCGAUGGCACCUGAUUUGUUGAAAUGCCAGAGAUUUUGGAAGUUGAAAUAUAUCCUGGCUUCAUGUAGUUUGACCACACUGCAUUAAAAUAAUGAAACAUACUAUAAAUGGGAAAGUUUUGCAGUGAGCUUAUGAGAGACGCCAGGCAUGCCUCAGGCAGUUCUCCUAAGACAAAUUUGAGCAAAUAGUACUCUGAUUCAAAAUCAAUUACUGAGAACAGGCCCUUGCAGAUGAGCAUCUUUCAAAACACUUUUGCAUAUCUGUGUUUGCUAAUUUGACUGCUCUCAUUUCUUAAGAGCUAGAAACUAACAAAUUUAUGUUUAUGUCAAACUGUAUCAAACCUGAACUGUGAAAUACACUAUUGUUGUUUUUUGCCCCAAAGGUAAACUAAUAGUGGCAAAUCCAUAUGCCAAAUAAUGUGCACACUUUUUGAAAGUCAGACCCAGUCCAGAGGCACCCUAGCACUGAAGGAUAUCACAUCUUGAUAAGAUGCAGGGAAAGAUCUAUCUUCCUAUGUCCAUUGGUUGCCAUAUUUUUCAGUAGAUGCUAAAACUUCCAAUUAUGUGUCACCCAAACACUAGCUUUGGGAUGGCUGUCUAUACUGCUACAACUGUUUCAAAACCUUCUUAAAAUAAGCAUACACAAAUAUUGGUUCUAUUAUCUACAAAUAUUUAUUGUAACACUUGGAUAUAACUACAGGAAGCCCUUGGCACUGAUAGAAAAUAUUGAUUCACGGUUAGGUUACAAAAAUUUAUACAUAGCAAAAUUUAAUGCUCUUUACAUAAAAAAUAUUAGACUACUUAAACAAAACUUCAAAAAAC